UAGUUCAUCUCGAGGGGCCGAUAGAGACUGGCGCUCGCGCAGACGUGCAGCAUGCAGCCGCCGAGGAUGAGGAGGGUUCCGUGGAAGCCGAAAUUGCCCACCAGGUACUCGAUGAGCAUCGGGAAGACGAAACUACCGGCCGCCGUGCCGCUGACGCAGAUGCCGUUGGCCAGGGCUCGGUGUUUGUCAAAGUACUGCGAGACGAGGAUUAUGCCCGGCGUGGUGGACAGGCCGCCGCCGAUGCCCGUGAGCACGCCGAAAGUGAAGAGGAGAUGUAUCAAGCUGGUCGCGAAGAAGCUGAUGAUGAGGCCCAACGCGCAGAAGAGGCCGCCGACGAAGACGACGACUCUGCAGCUGUACUUUUGGCUGAGCAUGCUCGUCACGGGAGCGAGCGCCAAGCAGAGGCAGGAGAGGAUGGCGGGUAUCCAGGAAGCCACGGAGGCCGACGAGUCCGCGAAGGUCUCCAUGACCUCGACGUAGAGCAAGCCGCAAGACUUGACCAGGCCAGCGACCCAGAAUUGCACGAAGAAGGCUCCGAAUACGACGACCCAGCCGUAGCCCCCGUCGAGCGGCUCGAAAUUGAGCUUCUUGUGCCGCCGGCGUCUUCGGCGCCUGGCUUCCUGCCGCUUGCCGAGCUCGCGCGACUUGGCGAUGAGCGGCCGGGCCGUCAGCGACGAGAUGGUCAGCAAAUUGUCGUUCUCCUCCUCGUCGGCGAGGGUCUCGGCUGGGCUGAGGUGCACCAAGCCCGGCGGCACUACGUACACUGGCGCCGAGUGUAUGGAGAAGAGCGAGCCCAGCUGGUUCGCGUGCUGGCUCAUGUUCUCAUCGAUGGCCGUCUCCUGGGACGAUGCCUGAACGAGGUUGGCCUGCACCGCCGGCGGCGGGCUGCCGUUGUCGAUCGAGUGCUGCUUCUUGAGGCUCCACUCGCGCGGCAACGACAUCUCGACGAUCGUCUGUGCUCGCUGCUGCUGCUGCUGCUGCUGCUGAUUUUCUUCUUACGACUACAACAACCGGGAUACAUUGGACUGUCUUGCUGGAUGCCUCGGCGGGGCAGCUAUCGGUAUAUUAGCUUUAUUUUAUAAGGCUCUGACGACUGUGGAUCCACACACUUACGGGUUAACAGCUGCCAUGAUUUUACGAGAGGAAGCGCGACGACUGCCAGUCCCUGCUCUCAGGGGGUUGUUCUCGACUCUCGAGCGCUCUGAUGUACAUGCGCACAAGAGGGGUUGCAUACUUGCACAGUACGAUCGAUAAAUUACUGUAUACGUCAAAUGAGGUUGCUUCUUUAUCGACAAGUAUAUAAGAAAUAACAUCGCGUGAUUGCACGUGCCUAUAUAAUGCCGAGAGCUGCUGAGACUAAGGAAGGAUGGCCUACAAAUUCUGCUGUAAUUUGUCCUUUAUGUUUCAAAGAGAAGCGACAUCGAUACUCGAUCGGUAUCAAUUGGCCAAAGAUGCAGGCUUCAAGGCUGUGGAAAGUGGAUUUCCUCUUGGAUUCAGCGUGCAACAGGUUGCAGAAGCCAGGAAGACCGCCGGCAUCCAGCAAGUCCUCAUAAACGUGUAUACAGGGGAUACGAGUAAAGGAGAACUGGGAUUUGCUGCUCUCCCAGGGAAAGAGGAAGAGUUCAGAAGAAGCAUCGAAACCACCAUAGAAUAUGCCAAAGCUUUGGAUUGCAAAAUGAUUCACGUUAUGGCUGGCAAAGUGGUGGAUGCAACGUCAGUCAACGAUGCCACAUAUGAGAAGAAUCUGAGGUACGCUGUAGAUAGAUUUGCAUCCGAGCAGAUAGUUGCCCUCAUAGAACCAAUUAAUUCCAUCACCGUCCCAAAUUACUACAUGAACGAUUUCAGUAAAGCCUUAGCCCUCGUACAAAAGAUCAACAGUCCAAACUUGAAGUUGCUCGUCGAUAUUUUCCACCUACAGCAGACUCAGGGAAGGAUAACAAACUCCAUCGAAAGCUACUAUCCCUUCAUAGGCCACAUUCAAAUUGCACAAGUGCCAAACAGAAACGAGCCAGACUCUGCUGGAGAAAUAGAUUAUCGGUAUGUGCUUGCUGUACUGGAAAAAGCUGGCUACAAUAAGUACAUUGGCCUGGAAUAUAAGCCACAAGCUGCUACCGGGGAAGGUCUGUCCAAGUGGUUGAACCGCUUUGGAUGCACUCUGUGAUCUACUAUUACAAUAAAAUGAUGAAAGAAUCUUUGAGCGAA